AUGCAUAGUAAUCUGAGUAUUGCUGGGCUAAUAACAAAGGCCUUGUCAGCACCAAAUCUCAGUGCACUGGAUUUUCCUGCACUUUCUGUGCAUGAUGGUCAAAAUGGUUUGCCAAAAUAUGCUGGAGAUGAUAUCCAACAAAGUGGUAGUCCUUACAGGUAUUCCAGCAAGGACAGCAUGCUUUUAUUCAAAUCUAGCUCUUCAAUCCCUACGAGAGGUGCUACUGAUUUUGCUUCAGCUGUCAGGAAAAUGUCAUCUCAGGAUUCUGGUAUAUGGAAGUAUGAACGAAAUGGUUCUGCUGAUGCUAGUGUUGGCUCAAGUAGAAGUGCACAUCUUUUGGCUAGCUCUUACAGCAGCGGGCAGGGGAGGAGCAUCUAUGGUGAUAGAUUACAAAGUCGGAGUUCAUCCCGGACAGCUCCUGUUUGGCUAGAAACUGGAGAAGCAGUGGCAAAUAUGUACUCUGAAAUGCGGGAGGAAGCUCGUGACCAUGCACGCUUACGUAAUGCGUACUUUGAACAGCUGCAAGUUGAUGGUGGUUUGAAUCAGAAUCUCAACUCAAAGGUCCUGCUGUCCAUCUGUUCUCUGCUGACAGACCCACACCCUGAUGAUCCUCUUUUUUGGCAGUUUGCAAACAUACUUUUUCCUCUCUCUCUCUCUCUCCACUCAAGGAUACCCACCAUUUUGUCAACUUUCCAGACCACUCACCGACUCCCUCACCCCCCAAAAAGAAUACCUUUAUUUAUUUAUCUUAUCUUUCUUGUGUUCCAUUUUUCAAAAAAAAAAAAAAAAAAAAAAAAAAAAAAGUAUGCAGCCAUUCUUCAGAAGCAAUUCCUUGAAGCGUCUGACGAUGACGAUGAAGAGAAUGAGCCAGCUGACACUCCGGUUGACAAUGUUCCAGCUAACCAAUCAGUUCGGGCAAAGCCUGUGGUAGAAGAUCUGACCAUUGAGCAACCUACUGAAACCGAGCUCCAGGCCAAGACCGAGCUCCCAACUCAGACUGUCAUUCAGAAAAACAAUAUCACUCACGAGCGAGUGUUGGAGCUAAGGAAAACAACUAGGCAAGCCAUGGCGGAAGCCGAAGCCAAGACUGCCGAACUAAAUCAAUCCCAACAGAGGACGGCGGAGCUGGAGGCCGAGAUAACUCGUCUAACCGGACUAGUUACCUCGGCUGAUACCGACAAACAAAGAGCGCUAACCGAGAUGAAAGACAAGUAUUUGCGGGAACUGGCGAAACUUGAGGGUGUUAAGGACGCCGAAAUAAAAGUUUUGAAGAAGAAAGCUGAAGAUGCCGAGCUGAAGGGCUUCAAGGCAGGCGAAGCUGCAUAUAUCCAGCAGUGUCAAUCUGAGAACCCUGAAGUUAAUGCAGAAAGGUCAAAUGCUCAGCUUGACACAGGAGUUGUUAACACAUUUGUGAUGAUAUCAGGGUACUAG